CCAUCUUCAGUGCAUAACUAUGAAGCCAUUUCUCUAUUUCCAUUUUAAAGAAUAUUUUAAAAACCUUGCCUUUAGCUUAUAGAUAUGCACAGUCUUGUUGAUAGUAAUAGGAUUAAAAAAUGGGACACAGAGAGUGAAAAUAGUGUGUUCUUGAAGCCAACGGAUAUGCUAGGAACAGGCAUUUGCUAAGCAUUAAUGUGAACAAGGGUUUGUUUUGUUCUAUUUUAAAUGUUUAAUUCAAUUUUAAUUUAUUUUUCUCUUACGUUUCAGUGCAUCCACUCUGGAAUGCUUGUGUAAUCUUUAUAGUGCAAAGAAAAGGCUGCUUGAUAGUCAUUGCUAACUGGGCGGGAGGUUUUACUUCCUCUUAAAGAGAGUGUGCUUUGUGUUGUCACUGCAGAGAGUUUAAGAUGUUUCAGCAUUCUGCACAAGGUUUUGAAAUUUCCAAAUGGAACCCCCUGCAUGAAAGGCAGCAGUGAACCAUUUGAUCACCUCGAAGCCUAGGAUGCUGCUGAGGAUUGGGAAAGACCCUCGCUGCCGAGAGGUUAUCCAGUUUGCAUUGUUUUGCAGAGCUCUCACACUGCUCCUCCAGGCCCUUUUCAACAUUUUGAUCCCAGAUCAUACUGCCGAUGCUUUCUCUCCACCCCGCUUGUCGGAGUCUGGGUUUGGGGACCAGCUGCUGGAGUGGCUCCUGGGAGGCUUAUCCCGCUGGGAUGCAGAGCACUUCUUGUUCAUUGCUGAACAUGGCUAUGUCUAUGAGCAUAACUGUGCCUUCUUCCCUCUCUAUCCCCUGAGCCUGCGAGUGACAGCAGAAACAGCCCUGUGGCCCUUCCGUGGCUUCCUGUGUCUCCGGAGCCGCCUGCUCCUUUCUGCAGCUCUUCUCAAUAGCCUUUUCUCUGCCUUGGCAUCAUGGGCUUUAUAUAAGCUUAGCUGUCUGGUCCUACAGUGUCGCAGGAGGGCCUUUCUCUCAGCCAUCCUCUUCUGCCUCACCCCAGCUAACGUCUUUAUGGCAGCGGCCUAUUCAGAAAGCAUGUUUGCCCUUUUUGUGUUUGGUGCAAUGUGGCAACUAGAGAAAGGGCAGCGUUGGGCCAGCAUUCUCCUCUUCUCUCUAGCCACUGGUGUACGCUCCAAUGGGCUGAUCAAUGCUGGAUUCCUUCUAUAUUCCCAGACAAAACACUUUGCCUCCCAGCUCCCGGCAAAUGCAAGAACUGCGGUAAAACCGCUGCAGGUUGUAGGUUGCUUUCUAAGCUUGAUAGCUUCUCUGGCAGUGAUGCCUGCCUUUGUUUUCCUACCUUUUGCUUUGUUUCAGUUUUAUGCCUACUGUCGGUUCUGCAAGCCCGAUGAGUAUGAUCUGCCAAAGCCACUGCUGCAGUUGGCCAUUGACAAAGGAUAUCGUGUAGCAACCUUGACUAAUGGUGAACAGCCGUGGUGCUCUUGGGACAUUCCUGUGCUCUAUGCCUAUAUUCAAGAUGCUUACUGGAAUGUUGGUUUCCUCAGGUACUUUGAGCCCAAACAAAUCCCCAACUUUUUACUUGCUUUGCCUGCUUUUUUGCUGGGAUCUUGGGCAGUUUGGUGGUAUGUGACAACAAACCCUUGGCAUUGCUUGACACUUGGCCUGAUGAAAAGAAAGACUGGGAUGAAGGGAGAAGACAAGCUGGCAGCUGGUUUUUCCACUCCAGGUGUAUUUGUUUACGUGGUCCAUGCAGCAGCUUUGCAAAUGUUUGGGACUUUUUGCAUGCAUGUACAGGUCCUCACCCGAUUUUUGGGCUCCUCUUCUCCAGUCCUCUAUUGGUUUUCUGCUCAACUGCUUUAUGACCAUGAACCUUUACUGCAGAAUGGGAUGCCAUCUCCUGGUCAUGGACAUCUCUGCUCUAAGAACCCCCCAGUUGGCACCUCUCUCUGGAACAGAAAGGAAAACGUCGUGCUGGCACUUCUGAGCAACUGGAGUCAGAGCACUGCCCUCACCAAAUGCAUUUUGGGAUAUGUACUUUCCUAUUGGCUUCUGGGGCUGGCCCUUCAUUGCAACUUCUUUCCUUGGACAUAA